AUGACGAAAUCUUCUAGUGAGGAGGCCCUGCAAAACAUCAUUACGCAGUACAAAUGUCCGCCGCUAUGUAGGAAGACUGCAGUAGAACGCUUUCAGGCGGCACUACAACCUGCACCGUCCCCGGCACUCAAAGAUGUGUCGCAAGGUGGCACAUGGAGUCCGGAGGGCUGCGUUGCUAGACAACGGAUUGCAAUCACCAUACCUUUUCGUGACAGGCAGAAGCAUUUGGACAUUUUAGUUUAUAAUCUAGUACCGGUAUUGAAACGACAAGAAGUGGCCUUCGGAGUAUUUGUAGUAGAACAGUUUGGGAACAGCACCUUCAACAAAGGUCGGCUUAUGAACAUCGGGUUUACGGAAGCGCGGAAGUACGAUGAGUUUGACUGCUUCAUCUUCCACGACAUCGAUCUGAUACCGGAAGACGACAGGAAUAUGUACACGUGCUCGGAGAAGCCUCGUCAUAUGUCCCCGGCCGUGGAUGUUUUGAGUUACACAUCGCCGUACAUGGCGCUGGUGGGAGGGGUGCUCAGCAUCAAAGCAGAACAUUUUUUCAAGAUCAACGGAUAUUCGAACAUUUACUGGGGCUGGGGCGCUGAGGAUGACGAUAUGUUUUACAAACUGUCAGCCUCGAAGAUAACUGUUUUACGGCCUCCAUUCACUAUUGGACGGUAUAAAAUGAUUAAAUACGACAGAAAAGAUGUUUCCCCAAUCAGAUUGUACUUUUAGAAAUCAGCGCAAACGCGUUACUUAAAAGACCGCCUCAAUACUUUGGAGUACAGAUUGGUUGAAACACGGCUUGAGAAGUUGUGGACACGUAUAUAAGCGAAUGUGGGUGAUCCCCCGAAGAAUCAGACUGAAUAUCCAAUUGCGGAUGAGGGUGAUCCGCCGAAGAAUCAGAUCUAUUAUUCAAAAGCGGAUGUUGGUGAUCCGCCGAAGAAUCAGACUGAAAAUCCAAUACCGGAUGUGGAUGAUCCCCCGAAAAACCAGACUGAAUAUUCAAAAGCGGAUGUGGGUAAUCCGCCGAAGAAUCAGACUGAAUAUCCAAAAGCGGAUGUGGAUGAUCCGCCGAAGAAUCAGACUGAAUAUUCAAUAGCGGAUGUGGGUAAUCUGCCGAAGAAUCAGACUAAAUAUCCUUUUUCAUUACAUGAAGGAAAUAGUUCAAAAUACCAUUUUAUAUAUUAACGAAAAUGUUCAAACGUUGCAAUUAUUUCAUGAAUAUUUAUACAUAUAUGAGUUAAUGUAAUGGUGUUCUAUUUUUUAUUAAUUCUUGUCUACAUAUACAUAUAUAUACCGCCA